ACAAUUAUACACCAUGCUUUGUCUUUUCGAAUCUCAUAAUAGCAACUUUGUUGGUUAUGUACAGGAGUCAUUUGAUCCUAUAGUUGAUCCUAUUUCUGGUCGGGAUCUUAUACCCUCCUUGGUUUAUGGAAGGAAUACAAGGAAUCAAGAUUUUGGCGGGGUGUAUUGCAUGGUUUUGACUGUGGAAUCAUCUGUUAUAUCAGCUGGGCUUCUUCGUGUAUUGGGAUGUGACGUAGCUGAACUCCCGCUAGUUGCUACAAAGAGGGAAAAUCAAGGGCUGGUAAGUUACAACAUUCCACUUCAGUUAUUUGGUAUGUGUGUGUGU